AUGAAGUUCAACAGAGGUCGCCGCCGCAGCCGUGAUUCGAAAAAAGCAGCUUAUUAUGGGGAGGAAAGGCUAAGCGAGCUGCCAAGUGAUGUUGUGGUCAAAGUCCUUGAGACGGUGAAAACACGGUUGAAGAAAGCAGCUGGUAAUGGGGAGGACAGGCUAAGCGAGUUGCCCAAUGACGUGCUGCUCAACAUCCUCGAGAGGGUGGGUACGCUUGAUGCCGUAAAAACCUGCAUCCUGUCAAAGCAAAUGCAGAAGCUGCCCGCUAUGCUCUCACAGAUCGUAAUUGAUCUCAGCUCUCAAGAUUUGAUUCAAAUGGAUGGUGUUGUGGCUGAUGUGACGAACAAGAUCCUUAGUAUGAGGUCUCCAGAGAUCACCAUUCGCAAGCUGAAGCUCAAAUUUUUCUUGGUUCCCUCUCGCUGUCUUUCCAUCGGCAAAUCUGUUGGCCUCGCCAUGGUGACCCAGAAAUUGGAUGCAGCUGAGUUUGAGAUCAUGACACAAAAGGAUUUCAGCCAUUGCACUGAUGCCCAUCGCCUGCUCUAUGCCGAGAAAUUCAAUGAUUUUGUUCGUGGUUGUCCGGAUGCAUUUGCUGGUCUCACGCGGCUGCAUCUACGGAAUAUGAGGUUUGGUAAAUCAGAUAUAUCCAACAUCCUUAGCCAUUGCAAGCGGUUGGAGUUCUUGUCUUUCUUCGAGGUUGACGAGGGGGUCCGUUCGGUGCUCCAUGUAGAACACGCUCAACUAGUUGAGCUUGUUAUCAUCUUUGGGAGAUUUGAAACAGUGGAGCUUGCCUGUCUACCAAAGCUCCAGCGGAUGUCCUAUAGGGAUUGGCAGUAUGAUGACAAUCCCUUGGUUCUUGGUUUUGUCCCUCAGCUUUCGAAGCUCAGUCUUGCUUGUCCAUACUUAUCAGGCAAGACACUCAACUUAAGCAAGCUGCUUGCUAAUGCCCCCACUGUAAGCGAUUUGUAUCUGGAGUUUCGAAGUGAAAAGAUUUGGAUUCAACCAGAAUGCCAAAAAGUGCUUGCUCCUGUGCUUGCCAAACUACGGUUUGUGAAUCUGGAUCAUCUUCGCGAAGAAUGUGAUAUCUCCUGGACACUCUUUCUUCUUGAAGCGGCACCAUACCUAGAGGAGCUUUGCAUCACAGUAUGGGACCAUAAGUGCCGAAUCGAGUCACAAAAGAGCGUCUCCAAGAAAACGGAUGUGAAGUGGGAACCAUCUGAUCCUCAUUUUAAGCAGAAGAAUCUGGCAAGGCUGACUAUCUACGGCUUCCAGUCCGAUGACAAUUUCAUCGGAUACAUUAGACGCGUCAUUCAAGCUGCUGUGAACAUCAGGGAGGUAUCCCUGUACGCCAGGAAGGUGUGCCCAUUGUGUUUCGAAAAGUUUCCUCAGGUGGCGCUUCGUCCUUCGGGUUAUCCACGGACAAGCAAGGAGCUUGAUUUGUUGAGCGAGAAGAUGACAGCAGCUUCGGCUACGGCUUCUCCUGUUAUUCACUUCCGCUCAUUAGGUUGA